GCGUGCAGGAGUCGGGGCUGCGGAGAGGCAGCGGCGGGCCGGGGCCGUGGCGCGCCGAGCCGAGCCGAGCCGAGCCGAGCCGAGCCGAGCCGUGCGGAUGGCGGACCCGCAGCUGUUCUGCGUGGCCGAGGAGCGCAGCGGCCACUGCGCCGUGGUGGACGGAAACUUCCUCUACGUGUGGGGGGGCUACGUGUCUAUUGAAGACAAUGAAGUAUAUUUGCCUAAUGAUGAAAUUUGGACCUAUGAUAUUGAUAGUGGGUUGUGGAGAAUGCACCUAAUGGAAGGAGAACUCCCUACCUCCAUGUCAGGAAGCUGUGGUGCUUGCAUUAAUGGAAAGCUCUACGUUUUUGGAGGAUAUGAUGACAAAGGAUACAGCAAUCGACUUUAUUUUGUUAAUUUACGAACAAGAGAUGGAACCUAUGUUUGGGAAAAAAUCUCCAACUUUGAAGGACGACCACCCACGCCACGUGACAAACUUUCCUGCUGGGUGUAUAAAGACCGAUUAAUAUAUUUUGGUGGUUAUGGGUGUAGGAGACACAAUGAGCUUCAAGACUGUUUUGAUGUUCAUGAUGCAUCUUGGGUAAGAAAGUAAUCAUUCUUUACAUUUUCCUUUGAUUUAGUAUAGCUUUUUAGUCAUAAAAAUAAUGAAUAUAACCUUUCUCAUUUUAAGA